AUGACUCAAUACACAUUGCAUACCUCGUCUUUGUUUGACCCUCUAGUCAAGCGAGUUCGCAAAAAUGUUUCCAUUACCAUUGAUUCGUCAACUGGCCUCAUUGUCCGCGUAUUUGUGCGAAACGACGAGGAGCGGCCAUUCACACACAUUCUGCAAGAGCAAGACAUCGAUCUACGAGGGAAGUAUGUGAUGCCAGGCCUCGUGGAUGCACACACACACGUGUUUUUGCAUUCGUACGAUGAAGCGGGUGCUCUUCAACAAAAGAGAGACGAGAGCAUGACAGAAAGAGUUGUCCGCGGAGUCAACCACUGUCGAGCGGCUUUGCUUGCAGGAUAUAACCUACAGAGGGACCUUGGAUCGGAGGGAAUGCAAGAAUGCGAUGCAAACCUCCGAGACGCCAUCGCUCGCGGACUUGCCCCGGGGCCGCGCUUGUUCGUGGCAACCAAGGUGAUUGCCAGCACCGGGUCUUUCGAGCCACGUACUGAGAAUAGCGCCGGCGGCCACUGCCUACCAGCCGGAGCGGAUGCCGUUGAUGGGGUCGAUCAAUGCCGGCAGGCAGUGCGGCGACGAAUUGCAGCAGGAGCAGAUGUUAUUAAAUUCUUUGCUGAUUACCGUCGGAGAAUCAUGAGAUCGCCCCCUGCCCAGCAACAUCCCUACAUUCCAAGUGUUUUGCAUCCCCCCAAAGAACCUAACCCUGAUUACUUAGUGUUCUCUCAUGAAGAGAUGAACAUGAUCGUCAAGGAAGCUGAACUAGCGGGCGCCCCAGUGUCAGCGCACUGCUGCACGUUGAAGGGCGCAUUGGCAGCCAUCGAGGCCGGGGUCAACACCAUUGAGCAUGUUUACUUUGGCACCGAUGACAUGUUUAUGCGAAUGAUUGAGAAAGGAGUCAUAAUGGUACCUACUCUUGCGAUUGCAGAAAAGCUGCAUGCCCACCGGUUUGACCAGAUACUAAAGCAAGUCAAACGGGCGCACGACCUUAGAGUUCGCCUACAUUUUGGUGGUGACACGGGAACCUAUCCGCACGGCGACAACGUUCGGGAGCUGGAGUUGAUGAUUGAGGCUGGUAUACUAUUAGUUGAUGUGUUGGAGUCCUGUACUGUUGGGGGCUGGGAGGCAUGUGGAGGAGACUUAUGCGGGCGGCGAUUUGGAUGGUUCGCAGAGGGCCUGCAAGCUGACAUUGUGGCAUUUGAUGAGGAUCCUGAGAAGAACACAAAGGCUCUCAGAUCUGUCAGCUUUGUCAUGAAGGAUGCAAAAGUGUGGAAGGAAGGGGGGAUAGCACGAGACAUGCACUAG